GUUCUGGAGCCGGCCUUGGGAAUAUUCGGUGUCGCCGUCAAUGUAGCAAAUAUCGUCAUCUUCGCCAGAAUCGGGCUCAACGAGAGUAUCAACGUAUCGUUUUGUGCACUGUCAGUCACGGAUCUCCUGUUUCUGGUUUGUUCCGGUGUGAUCAAUCUAUUUAUAGCAAUGGGAACGUACAUACCCCAGGCGAUGGUGUGGGUUAACAUGCACGCCCUGAGUGGCUAUCUGACGUGGUACCGCCACAUCCUCUUCGACACCUCCACCUGCAUCCACACGUACAUCGCGGUGGCCCGAUGCUGCUGCGUGGCGAUGCCGCUCAAGUUUAAGAACGUGUUCACUGUGAGAAGGGCUCUGGUCGUAUUCUUCAUCUUUCUGAGCGCCAACUUCGCGUCCCACAUGCCGCUGCUUUUAUCCCACGGCUUAACUUGGGUGUAUAACCCUAAGUUAAACAUAACUCAGUUAAACACGUGGUUCUACGACGAGUGGACGUUUUAUCGAAGAAUCAAUGAUAUCGCCAACAGAACAAUUUUCCCCAUAGUCGCGCUACUCAUCUCCAUCAUCUGCGCCGCCAUUUUAACAAGGGAGUUAAUUCGCGCCUCGAAACGCAGAGAGCAAAUGACGCGUAGUUCUACCCCUUACGCUUUAACCCGAUCAGCC